AUGUUCCCGCUGCUGAUGUUCACAACAGAACAAGUCGCUCGAGUGUGCGAGAACCUGGAGGAGACGGGUGAUAUGGAGCGCCUCGGCCGGUUCCUCUGGUCCCUGCCAGCCGGGGAAGCGCUAAACCAACACGAAUCUGUGAUGCGAGCGAGAGCCCUGGUCGCUUUCCACAGCGGAAACUUUGAGGCUCUUUACCAGAUCCUCCAGAACCACCGGUUUACACGCGAGUCACACGCCAAACUCCAAGACCUGUGGCUGGACGCGCACUACAGAGAGGCAGAGAGGCUUCGAGGACGGCCACUGGGACCGGUGGAGAAGUACAGAAUCCGCAAGAGGUUCCCUCUGCCCAGAACCAUCUGGGAUGGCGAGCAGAAGACGCACUGUUUUAAGGAAAGAACUCGCAGUUUGCUGAGAGAGUGGUACCUGCAGGAUCCCUACCCCAAUCCUUCCAGGAAACGCCACCUGGCCCAGGCGACGGGACUCACACCCACGCAGGUCGGCAACUGGUUCAAGAACCGCCGGCAAAGAGACCGCGCUGCAUCGGCCAAGAACAGGUUGCAGCAGGAUCUUGCCCUUCUGCCAUCUGAGAACUCUCCUGACAGUUCCCUUCCAGAGCGUCACCAUCACCUCCGCUUGCUCCCGACCUCACCGUGCCACCUGAGCAGCCCGGGGGCCAGCGACUGCAGCUCAGGGACAGAGCGCAGGGGAACAGGGGCGUCCACCCCAGAGAUCUCUGUCAGCAGCGACAGCGAGUUUGAGUCCUGAGACGGCGGAGGACUUCCUCGGACAGAUGUUCAGAGAAACGCUGCUGAAAUACCUGCAGCUGCAGCCACGCUGGAGAUGUUCUCCAAGGGAAGAAAUGGAGACUGAAGCAUCCAAAUAUGGAUAUGAGUGAGCAAAAGGGGAAUGAGAUGCAAAAAGAAUAUGCACUUAAAAAAAGCACCCUGCCUGACCUUGACUGUGACAUUAAGUAGUUUAAGCAGGCAAAUACCCAAUAAAAAGUGAUUUCCAACUCUCUGACAAAUACGAAGUCCUUUAGACAAUAAAGACAUUGUUAAUUUUGAUACUUCUGCUGUAAAUAUUUUGGGAUAGGUCAUUAUUGAAUAGUUAUUAUUUGAACU